AUAUCUAUAAAUAAAAAGCAAUGAAACCAACAUCCUUCCAUUUUCUGCAAAACUCUUCUGUGCAGAGACAGAGACGGAGGCUGAAAUGGAGAGCCAGCUAUUAAGCAAAGGAGUGGAACAUAAUACACUAUAAUUCAACAAACAGCUGCCGCUCUACUUUACACUUUGUUUCUGUUAAUUACUUUCUUCAUCUUCCCCCUCCUUCUAACUAUAUCGUACCUUUCCUUACCAGCUAUGGAAUUCCCUAAUAUUUAUCAAGAUGAACCCGAAAGCUCGAAUAAUCAAGCGAGGAGGCCUCAGCAACCACAGGAACAGCAAGAGGGAGCUGGGAGGGGUAAGAUCGAGAUCAAGAGGAUCGAGAACACAACGAAUCGGCAAGUCACUUUCUGCAAACGCCGGAACGGUUUGCUCAAAAAAGCUUAUGAGUUAUCGGUGCUUUGUGAUGCUGAAGUUGCUCUCAUCGUCUUCUCUAGCCGUGGUCGUCUUUAUGAAUAUGCUAAUAACAGCGUAAGAUCGACUAUCGACAGGUACAAGAAAACAUGUGCUGAUACCUCAAAUGUGGGAUCUGUUUCUGAAGCUAACACUCAGUUUUAUCAGCAAGAAGCCUCCAAACUCCGACGUGAGAUCAAGGCUCUGCAAAAUUCAAACAGGAACAUUGUCGGGGAGGGCCUUGGCUCUUUGACCUUUAAGGAACUCAAGAACCUUGAGGGCAAACUGGAGAAAGCCAUAACUAAAAUUCGAUCAAGGAAGAAUGAGACGUUAUUUGCGGAGAUUGAACUGAUGCAGAAGAGGGAGAUUGAGUUGCAGCACGCUAACAUGUACCUAAGAGCAAAGAUAUCUGAGAACGAGAGAGUGCAGCAACACAUGAGUUUGAUGCCAGGAGGAGGAUCUUCUCAUUCUCAUCAUCAGUACCACCAGCAAUCAAUGGCGCCUGAUUCAGAGCCAGCUUACAAUCACGACGCUCGCAACUUCCUUCCUGUUAACCUCCUGCAGCCUGAUCAUCAUGAUGACCAUUACUCCAGUCAAGAUCAAACAGUUCCUCUCCAACUUGUGUAAUUAACAGCUGAAGGCUCGAUCCACGUAUUAUCUGGUGCUGGUGCUGGUGCUUCAGCUCGCGGUUCUGUCCGUGCUUAUAAUGAGUUGUAAUUUUGUAAUUGUGCAAUAAUAUAGUAAUUAAAGGCUUUACUAUAAUGAAGACCUUCAGUUUCGAUUCAUGUACAAGUAUAAUGACAUUAUGCAUUCUUGUUAUGGCACUGUGGCACAGGUUCUGUACAAAGUGCCCCAAGUACUCCUGUAAUAGACAUCCAUUUUGUAA